AUGGAAGCUCAGGAGGAGUUCAAGGCAUCUCAGCUCGCGGAGAAGGAAGUGUCUGCUUUCCUGACCAUGGCGCGGGCUCUUCUGGCCAAGUGCGAUGCAACUGAAGCCCUGCAGACGUCGCAGAGAGCAUUGGCCAUUGCAGAAGAGGUUGGGGAUAUGCGGGGUGAGGCGCUGUCCCUUCAGUGCUUGGCCAAGGCUUUGUGCCAGAGCUCAGAGAUCAAAGAGGCCAUCGAUGCUGCCAGAAAGUCUCUCACAAUCUUUCGCCAGUCGUCGGAUUACAAGCAGCAGGCAGCUUCGCUGCUCGCUGUGGCCUCGAUUCAUCUGGCCCGAGAGCGGCCUCAAGACGCACUUCGCAGUGCCAAGGAUGCACAGCACCUCUCGAAGCGCAUUGGCGACUCUCGAGGUGUGGCGAACGCCCAGGUUGUCGUGGCAGAGGCCCAGGUGGAGAAUGACGAGCAGCGCGAGGCCUUGAUUCUCCUGAAGGAAGCACAGGAUCGAUACCAGGCUCUGAAGGACGCUCGCGGCGAAGUCGAAGCCCUGCGAGUCAGGGGCAAGGCAGAGAGCUCGAUGUGCAAACGCAACGAGGCCCUGUCCACACUGCAGGAGGGCGUUGAGCUGGCAAGACGCAUCGACGACAAGGUCGCGGAGGCGACCCUGCUUCGUCAGACCGCGCGAGUGAAGAUGGACCUGCAGCGCUUGGAGGAGUGCGAACAACAUCUAAAUGAGGCACAAGGCCUUUUCCGCGAGGCGCAGCACUGGCGUGGAGAGGCAGACGUGUUGGAACUGCUCCUCCGGCAGCAGAUUCAGAUUACCUCCAGAGAUGCUGUGGGAACAGCGGAUGAGUGGCGGGCUCUAUUUUAUGAUGCGGGUGAUCGGAAGGGUGAGGCAAACUGCUUGCGCGAAGCCGCGAGAAUGUUCUUCACGGCAGGCUAUGAGCAAGACGCCGAGUCAAGGGCACAAGAGGCGCUCGCCAUGUUCCAAGAACUGGAGGACCAGAGUGGUGAGGCUCGAACGUCUCUCCUUCUCGCCGAGGUGCACGCGGGCUUUGGCGACGUUCGACGUGGUGUGCAGACGGCUGAGGAAUCAUUGGAUCUUUUCAAGCGGAUCGAGGAUCCAAAAGGCCAAAGCGAUGCCUACGCCGUUCUUGCUCGAGUUCAGAUGCUCGAAGAAGGGGGCGAUGCCGAGGAAGCCGCCGCUGCGGCCGAGAAGUCCUACCAGCUGGUGAAGCGGGCGCGGAAAGGCUGGGCGACGCGCCGCAUCGAAGUGACCUCCCUGCAGCUCUUGGCCGAAGCCGGGGUGGCAAAGCUGGUCAAGCUAGCUGGCGAUGAAGAUGUCCAGGACAAAAGCCAGGAAGAGCAGGACAUGCUCCAGGGCAUUUUUGACAAGGCACAUCGCGCCGCUGAGAUGGCCGUCGACCGUGCCAGUUCCAUGGACGAUCGCCGAAUGGAGGCGAGUGCCAUGCGCACUUUGGCGAACGUCUGUCUCGUUUGUAGCGACACGGAGACCGCUGCGGAAGCGGCCCGUGAGGCCCUGAAGAUUGCCCAGGAG